UGAGCUCAUUUCGACCCCUCUUCCUGUCGCUUUCCAUCUCAGUUCCUGGGCCUGAUCAAAUUCCCAUGAAAUCAGCAAUCUGAAGACCCGUCUUCUCUGUUCCUGCAGUCCUCAUCUUCCAGUCCACAUCAGAAAAGGAGAACUAUGCCAUUUCUGGGUCAGGACUGGAGAUCCCCUGGAUGGAGCUGGAUUAAAACUGAGGAUGGAUGGAAAAGAUGUGACUCCUGUAACCAGGAGCUCAGAAGUGAAAAUAGCCAGUGUACCAUCAACCAUAGCAUUAUACUAAAUAGUGGAGAAGAAGAAAUAUUCAGGGAUGAGUGUGAAUAUGCAUCCAAAAAGAGAAAAAAGGACCAUUUUGGAAAUGAUGCAAGUGCUCACAGUUUUUAUCGUGAAAAAUGGAUCUAUGUGCAUAAAGAAAGCACAAAAGAAAGGCAUGGCUACUGUACCCUGGGAGAAGCUUUCAACCGGCUAGACUUCUUAAGUGCAAUUCAGGACAUUCGAAGGUUCACUUAUGUGGUCAAACUGUUGCAGUUAAUUGCAAAAUCUCAGUUAACUUCAUUGAGUGGUGUGGCACAGAAGAAUUACUUCAACAUUUUGGAUAAAAUUGUUCAAAAAGUUCUUCAUGACCACCAGAAUCCCCGCCUAAUCAAAGACCUUCUCCAAGAUUUGAGCUCUACGCUUUGCAUCCUUGUUAGAGGUGUGGGGAAAUCAGUGCUGGUGGGAAACAUCAAUAUUUGGAUUUGCCGUUUGGAAACUGUUCUCAACUGGCAACAACAGCUACAGAAUCUUCAGAUGACUAAGCAGGUGAACACUGGCCUCACACUCAGUGACCUGCCCUUGCACAUGCUGAACAACAUCUUAUACCGCUUCUCAGAUGGGUGGGACAUUGUCACCCUGGGCCAGGUGACACCUACCUUGUACAUGCUCAGUGAAGAUAGGCGGCUGUGGAAGAAACUAUGUCAGUACCACUUUGCUGAGAAGCAGUUUUGUAGACAUCUGAUUCUUUCAGAAAAAGGUCAUAUCGAAUGGAAGUUGAUGUAUUUUACACUUCAGAAAUAUUAUCCAACUAAAGAACAGUAUGGAGAUACUUUACAUUUCUGUCGACACUGCAGCAUUCUCUUUUGGAAGGACUACCAUCUUGCUUGGUUAUUCAAGGACUCAGGACACCCCUGCACUGCAGCCAACCCUGACAGCUGCUUUACACCUGUGUCCCCACAGCACUUCAUUGACCUCUUCAAGUUUUAAUGGUGCCCUCAACCCUGUGCCCCUGUCUACAGUUGUCCCUUGUGCUUUCUGUGCAUUCUGUAGUUGGUGUAAGUGUUCUCUGAUGCAAAGUAAUGACAGGGUCAGCGACUGGCGGUCUCUGAGGCCCUUGCUUCCAGGAAGAAUCAGAAAAGAUGUGGAAGAUGUUCUGACAGCUGUACAGCAUCAUUGGAAGAGCAGAGACCCUAAAACCAUUUGUACUUAUUUCUUUGAAAUCCUUCUAAACAUAGAAAAUUUGCAAUUUUGUAUAUUUAUAAAUAUGGAUAAAAAAGGUUUGGGAUUUUCAGCCCCACAUUCUGUGCUGAACUGACAUGAACAACCAAGAAUGUGCUUCUUAGUUGUGAAAUUAUGGUUUCCCAUCUUAUAAUAAUUGGGAUGGAGGACAAAACAAUUGAUCCUUGUAAAUACAUUCUGCAGAAUAUUUAUUUUUCUUAAAAUGUAUUUUCACAACCUCGGUGGCUGUGCCCAAAUGACUCCUCUUUGUAUAAAAGAUAAAUCUAGGGACAUGCUUGGCAUACUCCAUCCUACUAUUCUGGAUUGGACUGUGAACUGUGUGUACUGUCCAUAGCCCAGCAACACUUGUCUCUGUGUUCCUGGAAUUCCUGUCAUUGAGGCCAUCUUAUGUCUAUACCUAGGAUGUAGGCUCAAAACCAGAAUAGAGCCUCUGCCUAGGAGCCAGAAACAGCCUGAAGAGGCCUAAACCUUGACUUGUGUAGAAAUUACUUCCACAGGCAAAGUAAUAAACCAUGUUUAUCUACUGAUUCAGCUUCAUCAAACUUGCAUAUAACUGGAAAGUGUGGUGUUGAGUCUUUAAAAGAUAGUUUUAUUUUUAAAACAAUGCAUGUGUACUUUAGACAUUUUGAAAAUAAAGGUAUAUGAAAAAAAUUAUAUAAUUCUGCCUAAAACAGAUAACUCUGCUAAAGAAUAUGAAAAGUUACUUCUCAGCAGCGAUGAUGGCAAUGAAUUUCUGUAUUCUGUCUUUGAGUCAGGAGACCCAAGUUCACCAUUUCUUUAAACUUUCUAAGUAUAUUAAAAUUUGUAACUG